AUAGCUCUCCUUACGGAACCCUGAACCUACGCACACUCUCCAUUGCGUGUUCCUUCAAACCAUUUUGCAACGGAAUUUGUAAUUCUCAAUAAUAACAAUUAUCCUUUUAUCACGACCUUCAUUAUUGAACUUUGGUUAACUCACUUACUAUUGUUUUCAUAAAUGCAUAACAGACCAAACGCGUGCGCAGCGUAGACGUAUAUAGACGCCGCAACCGCGGGACCAGUCCAGUCGGAAACAUGACGUCCAAAGGAUUCUACACAUUCAAUAUCCUUCUCCUAAUAUCGAUCGCAACUUUACUGUACGCUAUACGGCUCCCCAUCAACACAGAGACGAAAAUAUCCUGGGGAUAUCCCAAAGAUUCCCUAUUUAAUUUCACGGAGCUCACAAACGAAUAUGGAUACAGCUCUGAGGAACACACAGUCGUCACGGAAGAUGGAUACAUCCUCAGAAUGUUCAGGAUAAAUAAAGGAAGGAACUGCAACGGAAAAACCAAACUUCCACCGGUGAUCCUCAUGCAUGGACUUCUCCAGAGCUCCGACUCCUGGCUGGAUGCGGGGCCCGACGCUGGACUAGCGUACCUGAUAGCAGACGCCUGCUUCGACCUCUGGGUCGGCAACUGCAGAGGCAACUACUACUCCAGAAGACACGUCUCCUUGAACCCUGAUACGGAUCACCAGUACUGGCAGUUUUCUGUAGACGAAAUCGGUUAUUACGAUGUCCCGGCUAUGAUGGAUUACGUGCUGGACCACACGGGAGCUGACAACCUGAACUACAUUGGAUUCUCUCAAGGCGCUGGUACUUUCUUCAUCAUGUGCUCCGAAAGACCUGGAUACUGUGAUAAGGCGAACGUGAUGAUUGCAUUGGCACCUGCAGCGAGACAGACGAAUACGGGUUCUAUUCUGUACAGAUUUAUAAUGGAAAGUGUGUACACAAUUGAGGGUAUCUUGAAGAAGACGAGUGUUGGUGAGAUCUUACCCAAGGGCUCUUUUAGCCAGGAGUUCCUCGCGUUCUUUUGUCAGUUGAAUUCGAUGACCGGUAGCAUAUGUGCUACAGUUCAGUCUUUGUUAGACGCCUAUCACCCGGGAUCGGUAUCCAACGAGACCACUAGAGUGCUCUAUGGUCAUUUCCCUGCUGGUACCUCAGUACAUAAUAUGGCGAGAUACGGUCAAAGUAUGAUGCGGAAGGAUUUUGCGAAAUUCGACUACGGGAAGGCGCAUAAUUUAGAAUUGUAUGGAAGUGAGGAGCCUCCGAAGUACAAUCUUAGUGCGGUAACAGUGCCGGUGGUGACUUUGUAUGGUAGAAACGAUGGGUUGGUAGACGUGAAAGAUGUGAAGUGGUUGCUGAAGAAACUGCCGAAUGUUGUUGAGGAGAUGGCGGUGUCGGACGCCCUGUGGACCCACCUGGACGUGACGUAUAGUCAGUAUACGAGAACAUUGAUAUUUCCUAAGAUUUACGAGCAUUUACAAAGCAAUAGUUACAAUUAGAUUGUUUAUUAAUUUUCAACCGACUUCAAAAAAAAGGAGGAGGUUCUCAAUUCGACCCGUAUGUUUUUUUUUUUCUAUGUUUGUUACGCGAUAACUCCGCCAAUUAUGAACCGAUUUGAACAAAUCUUUUUUCGGCGUAUAGGUAAUACCUCAAGGGUGGUCCCAUUUAAAUUUAAUAAUAGAAAAAACAACCCCCAAGGGUGGAAAAUUGGGGAUGAACUUUUUUAUACGCAAUAUCUCCGCCGAUUAUAAAUCAAUUUGAACGAUAAUUUUUUUGUUGAAUAGGUAUUAUCAAAAGGGUGGUUUCAUGCGAAUUUGAAGAAAAUAUUUCACCCCCAAGGGUGGAAAAUUGGGGAUGAACUUUUUUAUACGCAAUAUUUUUAAUUUUUAGUUUUUUUGUGUUCACGCAUUUGAAGUCGGUUUUAUUUUUUUUUAAAGUUAAUUAUAUAUUUAAGUGAAAGAGAGUGCUCAUUAAUGCAAUCUAAGUCAUUAUGUUUAACAUUAAAUUAUUAGUUUAUUUAAAAAUGUUUCGUGUUCAAAUUUCUUUACAAAUUGUUUAAGAAAUAAAGGGGGAAAGAAUUCUAUAA